AUGGACUUCAAAGAACUAGAAAAUGAACAGUUGGAGGAUAAAAACAUCCAAUCAUCUAUAACUCAGAUCCUCAAAGAUGAUAAUACUGGAGAAGAGGAAGAAACUAAGAAAAUCGUCAUUUUAGAAACAGAGGAAACAAAACCACAGUUGCGGAGCCUCCCGCCCGGAGUGCGCACAGCCCUGGGGGCCGCAGAUAACCGCAAGGGGUGGAGGAAAGGAGGGGGCCGGCCUUGGCACUUGGAGGAACCGCCGUGCAUACCUGGAGACAACGUGGCCUCCCUGAUCCAGGGGAUCACCUGCCAGGCGUGCCUCACCUUCCAAGGCCGCAGGGGGCGGACGCAGCGCUUCCCAAUUGGCGUGGUGCCAGGCCCUGAGGCGCGGCUGCCGCAGGGCUUCCCGGAGAACCUGAGCAAGCUGAAGAGCCUGCUAACCCAGGUCCGUGCAGAGGACCUGAAUAUCGCCCCACGCAAGCCACCCAACCUGCCACCCGUUACCUACAUGCACAUCUACGAGACGGAAGGCUUCAGCCUCGGCGUGUUCCUGCUCAAGAGCGGCACGUCCAUCCCGCUGCACGACUACCCGGGCAUGCACGGCAUGCUCAAGGUGCUCAACAGCACCGGCACCAUGCGUAUCAGCUGCAUGGACAAGCUGGAGGCGGGUGGGCAAUGACAGCGGGCCCCGCUGCGGGAGCAGCAGUUCGAGCUGCCGCUGCAGCCCCGCGAGCGGGACACCCUCUGGCCUGGCGUGCUCAUCGCCAGCGGCCCCUGCAUCCUCAUGCCACACUGGGACAACCUGCAUCAGAUCGAUGCUGUGGACUGGCCCGCUGCCUUCCUGGACAUUCUGGCCCCGCCCUAUGACCCCAAUGACGACCGGGACUGCCACUAUUACAGGGGGCUCCCCGUCGGGGCCAAGGAGGCCUCCGGAUUGACCUGUGACUUGCCCCGAGAGGUGUGGCUGUGGCUCCCGGAGACCCCUCAAGCCGAUGACUUCUGGUGAAAGAGGGAGCCCUAUCCAGGUCCCAAGGUCAUCUCUUGAAGCUGCAGGCGCCCAGGAGCGGGGAGCUGAAGACUUGCCCUACUCAGAUCUGGGCCUGGCUUCCAGCAACCCACCACAAGGGCUCUCUCCCUACCCCCAGGCCACCUGGGCAUUGGAUCUAUUGAA